UCGAGAUUUAAUUAGAGGUCUCGGUCUCAGAAUUUUAUUCGCUACGGGAUCAUCACUGGUUGACAAACUGGCACAGGAAAGGACAGUCAGUACAAAGCCCACGCAGUCUACAGAAUGGAAUUAAAGUGAAAUAAAAACAGUUGAAAGAGAGUUUGAUUUAAGCAACAUUAAUCAAGAUGUCCGACAAGGAGGAUUCUUGUCAUGAGAAAGAUUUGCCAUUGAUGUCAAAUGUAAAGGAUAUCCUUGUUUAUCAUUACAUUCUAGAUCUUAAAUGUCACUUAGAGGAAAAGACAAUUAGUGGCUCUGUUGUGGUUUUCUGUAAACCAACUACGAGUGAUAUCAGUCCAAGCUGUGAUGACUCUAACGCUGACUGUAAAGAGAUGCCUGUUUGUAAUGGUGAAACAAGUCAGUUCUCAGGAAACAGACAGGAUCUGUUAGUGACCGCUUCUAGUUCGACCUCAGUGCCUGAUUCAAAGAUUUCUAGUGAGUCACAAAUUUCAGAGAAGGAAAUAUGUGUUUUUGACAGAAAGAGAAAGUCAUUGCCUAGCGAUGGACUUGAAGAUGAUGCCUUAACAAGAAAAGUGAAAAGACAUGGUGAUACAGCUCACAACAAUUACAAUCCUGACGACAAAAAUGUGCUACAGUCAACAAUAUCAAAAGAUUUUGAUGAACAACAAUGUAAUAAUGAAUUGUUAUCAAGUCAGAAUCGGCUACCUUCAGUUGCUUUUCCCACAGUGUCUUCUGAUGAAGUUGUUUCACCCCAGUUUCAGAUGAUAUUGGACUGUUGUGAUAUCAAUAUUUUGAAGGUUGAGGAUUUAACCGACUGUGAGGAAGUACUUGAACAGAUUUCUGAUGACCCAUUCAAUAAAAUUAAAAGAUUUGGAAACAAUGAAAAUGUGAAUGAAAAUCAUUUGAAGUUCACUGUUGAAAAGCACUGCUUGAGAGUUUUUAAGACUGGUUGUACAAGCAUAAAAGACUACCCUAAAGUAAUGAAGAUUUCAUUUCUGACUAAACCAGAAGGCCAGUCACUGAAAUGGACAAAUGAUCAAGAUGGCAAGCCGUGUGUGUAUACACAUGGACACUGGAUAAACAACCGUUCACUCUUUCCAAGCCAGGAUGUCCCUGUUUCCAUGGCUACCUGGCAAGCUGUGGUAUCUGUGGAAGUGCCAGUUUCGGUGGUGAUGAGUGGAGACAAGGAACCUGUGACCAGUACCACAGAAGAUGGAUGGACUCAUUUUUACUUCAACACACAAAUGGUUAUGCCUUCCUCCACCAUAUCGCUGGCUAUUGGACAUUGGCAGGUCAAAUCUCUCAUUACCAUGGACAGUUUGUCUGAACCAGAGUGUGAGAAAACAAUCCCUUGUCGACUGUUCUGUGCAUCCAGCCUGAUGGAUGCUGCAUCUCAGGAGAUUGGUCGGUACAUGGGCAGUUGUCUCAGAGCUGCAUAUAAUACAUUGGGGCCACAUCCGUUUCGGAGACUAGAUAUUGUGGUGGUUCCCUCGUCGUUUGACAGCCUUGGCAUGGCAAGCCCCAGUAUGUUAUACCUGUCCCAGUCUCUGUUGGUUGGAGACUUUAGCAUGUGUGUCCGCAUUGCUCAUGAAGUUAGUCACUCCUGGUUUGGUCUUGCUAUUGGUCCAAGUGACUGGACAGAAGAAUGGUUAACGGAAGGAUUCUGUACCUACACGGAGGAUGUCAUACACAAUCUGGCUAUGCAGACUGUAGCAGGAUGGACAGAAGAGUAUGGGGACCACCAUCGAGAGAUAAGAGAUGUCCUUAGAUAUAGAACUCUGGUUGCUGAGCUGGAGCACACAGAUGAGGAGCUCCAGACGCUGAGACCAAACAAAGAGGAUGAAGAGGAGUCAUAUGUGACUUAUGUAAAAAAUGGAAUGAAUCCUGAUAAAAGGUUUAUGCAGGUUCAUUAUCUCAAGGGCUACUUCCUUCUGAGAUAUCUUGAGAGGAAGGCAGGAAGAAACGUGUUUCUUCAUCUGAUGAAAAAUUAUGUACAGCAAUUCCAUGGAAGACUGGUCUCAUCUCAGGAUGUGUUGACGUUUUUUCUUGGAAAUUGUUCAGAAUUUCGGGAACAACAUAUUACAGAAGAUGCACUCAGCCGUGACUGGUUGGACUGUCCUGGUAUACCUAAGCAUUUACAAAACUUCCAAAUGGACAAAGAUAAUGUUAUAGCGACCCAGGUGAUCAGUGAGGUUGGUGCGUUGAAUGAAAUCUCCAUAAAUGGGAAGGCUUCUAAAAAGAAGUUGCAGCGUAAACGACCAUGUUUCGUGAAGAUGGAUGCAAUUCAGAUGACCUUGCUAAUGGAGGAGCUUCUACACACAGAUAAAUUGGGUCGAGAUGUUCUCUCUGCUCUCGGAAAAGUUCAUAACAUAUCAACCCAAAACCCAGAGAUCCAGCAUCGAUGGUGUGAACUCGUCAUCAAGUACAAAAUAAGAAAACAUUACGAAGAUAUCAAGAACUUCCUUGUUCAUCAUCAGGCGAUGGGCGUUUAUUUGUACGGCGAACUUAUCAUUUCAAGAGAUAAGGAACAGAAAGCACUCGCAUUAGGUAUAUUUGAACAACUGAGAGGCGACAUGGAACCUGAUUCACUGCAGUCUAUAUGUGCAAUGCUGUUUGGAUAAUACAUGAAGAACGCAACUGCAUUCAGAAGCGUGUAUCAUCCUUGUUUACUUUAUUGUCAUCUCUUGGAAUAAAAU